UGCUAUAAAUGCCCCUCAGUAUACUUUAGUCGCUCCUUUCCUUUCCACGUCAAAGCUGCCUUGUGGUCGAGUCCAACGUAGCUUGGACUUCUUCUUCUGUCAUGGCAGUGUCUUUGCUCUCCAGACGAGGCUUUUGUGACGUUGGCCACCAAUGACAACUAUGCAAAGGGAGCCAUGGUUUUGGGCCAGUCCCUCCGCAAGCACAAAACCUCCAAGAAGCUGGCCGCCCUCAUCGGGCCACAGGUGUCGGAGCAAUGCCAGGCGGUGCUGAGGAGGAUCUUCGACGAAGUGAAGCUGGUGGACGUGCUCGACAGCGGCGACGUGGCUCACCUGGCCUUGAUGAAGAGGCCCGAAUUGGGCGUCACCUUCACCAAACUGCACUGCUGGACGCUCACACGCUACUCCAAGUGUGUUUUCAUGGACGCAGACACUCUGGUGCUUUGCAACAUAGACGAGCUCUUUGACAGAGAAGAACUGUCAGCUGCUCCUGAUCCCGGCUGGCCUGACUGCUUCAACUCGGGUGUGUUUGUUUUUCGUCCAUCUGUGGAGACCUACGCCAAACUGCUUCAGCACUGUGCAGAACACGGCAGCUUUGACGGGGGUGACCAAGGCGUUCUGAACGACUUCUUCAGCGACUGGGCGACAGCUGACAUUUCCAAGCACCUCCCCUUCAUCUACAACCUCAGCAGCAUCGCCAUUUACACCUACCUUCCAGCAUUCAAGCGCUACGCCGCCAACGCCAAGGUGGUCCACUUCCUGGGGAAGACCAAGCCGUGGAGUCACGCGUUGGACGCCAAAGGCAGACAGAUGCAGGCGGAAGGUGCGCAUCCCUCCUUCCUCCUGGACUGGUGGGCCGUGUACGCCAGCAGCGUGGUGCCCAUGCUGCAGGAGCAAUACGGAGACCAGCCCUUCCACACGGGAUGCGUUGCGGAGGUGGUGGAUGGCUUGCCCGUCUUUCCGGUAAAGUUCCACUACAGUCACAUGGUUACUGUUGAGAGUACACAGGAGCAAGAGGAGGAGAACCUGGCUUCCUUCGCACAAGCGCUGCACUUGUCCUCACCGGAGUUGUCCUCGCAAGAGCGCAAGCAGAAAUGGGAGCAAGGUCAGGCGGACUACAUGGGAAUGGACUCCUUUGAUAAUAUCAAGAGGAAGCUUGACACUUUCCUCAAAUAAGCAUAUGCACUUGGAGUCAAAUCAAUAUUAAUUAUCCACCUCCCCAAAGAAAACGUAGAAACGCUUCUUGCUCGCCAUCAGUGUUUCCCAUACAUUCUUUUAUCUGUGGUGGCCCGCCACAAAUUCAUUUGGAGCGCCACAAAUAGAUUUGGCACUGCCUGUUGGGUAGCGCCCUCGCUCAUACACACAUUAUCGUGGGACUGCCUUCUUUACCCGCCUGGUCUGCCAGAGAAUAAGAUGUAGCAGGAGGCAGUCCUGUGGGAAACACUGGCCAUCAUCAUUAUUUGCUGUCAUGGCACACCGUGUGGAAUGACAUGGCCAGAAGGGCCUUCCUAUCGGAUCUUUAACACUUUUUUUUUGCACAUUAUGCGUAGUAUCGACCUGUAUGUUCUUCUACUUGCCUUUUUUAAAACCACAUCAUUGCCUUUGAAUGGAAAUGGCUUCCCUCAAACUGAAAUGGAAUGUUUACAGCCAGCACUUGUGGAGGCCUUAUGAGCGCACAGUAUGCAUGCUUUGCUCAACACGUUCACCUUGUACUUGACCGGGAUGUUCAUCCGGAAACAUUACAAAACAAAACAAAACAAAGUGGAUUCUUAUUUCAACAUCACCAGUUCUGACAUUUUUUGCUUGCAUGACAAGUGAUGAGUGUCCAUACAAUAUAGUUGGUGACCGUCAAAUAGCAGUUACAUGCAGUAGAAAUAAUCGUGGACAUGAUUUGUCAUCAUAUCUUAUAUACAGACCCUUUCCAAAAAAUUAGAAUGUCAUGGAAAAG